AUGGAUGUUUCAGAUGAAGACGACGACGAAGGUUUUGUCUCUCGUUUCAACGACGAUGUUGAAGACGAAGAAGCAGAGGGUUUUAGUUUCUACGACGAUGUUGUUGAAGAAGAAGAAGAAGAGGGUUUUGCGUCUGAUUUCUACAAGGCUGGUUCUGAUUGGUCUUGUUUGGUUACUCCUGAGACUAAGAAGAUGAAACAAGCGGACUUGCUUCAGAUUUGGGGUUUACAGAAGAUUUCUCCUGUAACGAAGAAGAAGACGAAACAAACGGACUUGUUUCAGAUUUGGGGUUUACAAAAGCCUUCUCCUUCCACUUCCACUUCACCUGCUUCGUCGUCGUCGUCGUCGGCGAGAAAGACGACGACUUCUCUCCGAAAGAGACUUAGGAACUCUCCAUUGACUAAUGACACGCCUCGACAAUGCCCUUUCUAUAAGAAACUUCCAGGAACACCGUUUACUGUGGAUGCCUUUCGCUAUGGUUGUGUUCAAGGAUGUUCUGCUUACUUCCUUACUCACUUUCACGCUGAUCAUUACAUGGGUCUCACUAAAGCUUGGUCUCAUGGUCCAAUUUACUGCUCCUCUCUCACUAGUCGUCUUCUCAGGCUUAGUCUCUCUGUUAAUCCCUCGUUUAUUCAUCCGUUGGAGCUAGACGUUGAAUACACAAUUAAUGGGAUCAAAGUCACUUUAAUAGAAGCUAAUCAUUGCCCUGGUGCUGCUCUUAUCCACUUUCGUCUCUUAGAUGGGACGUGUUAUCUGCAUACCGGAGAUUUCAGGGCCUGUAAACAGAUGCAAACUCAUCCUCUCCUCUUUAACCAACGAGUUCAUGUGUUGUAUUUGGAUACAACGUACUGCAAUCCGAGAUACAAAUUCCCCUCUAAAGAAGACGUAUUAAGUUAUGUUGUGAGAAUCACAAAGGAGUUCCUCAGGAAGCAGCCGAGGACUCUGAUUGUGGUUGGUUCUUAUAGCAUUGGAAAGGAAUGUGUUUAUCUAGCUAUUGCCAAAGCACUUGGGAUUAAGAUAUUUGCAAAUGCUUCAAGAAGACGGAUACUGCAAUCUUUUGGUUGGGAUGAUAUUUCGAAGAAUCUUUGUACAGAUGGGAAAGCCACGUGUCUUCAUGUUCUGCCUAUGUCAUCAUUGAGAGUUGAAAGACUCGAGGAACACUUAAAGGCUUAUAGAGAACAAUAUGGAGCAGUUUUAGCAUUUAGGCCUACAGGUUGGACUUACUCGGAGAAGAUAGGUGAACACCUUGAUCUGAUAAAACCAAUUGUGAAGGGAAAAAUCACCAUUUAUGGGGUUCCAUAUAGUGAGCAUUCAAGCUUCACAGAACUUCGAGAGUUUGUUCAAUUUUUAAGGCCAGAUAAGAUUAUUCCUACGGUAAAUAUCUCAAAUGCUGGAAGCCGCGAGAAAAUGCAGUCAUGUUUCAGAGAAUGGCUCAGACGCUAA